AUGUCUGUCCAGCACAGAAUUCAAGAUUCUACUCUAAUUGAACUAACUAUUUGUGGAAGUAGCAAGGCUGCGGGGGCGGCCGGCGGGGGGAGCUCAGGGCAGCGCUGGGACGGCGGGGCACGGGCGCGGAGAGACUGGCAGGCCGGGAGCGCGAGGGGAGCGAGCCGGACAGAGCGGGGUGGCGGCAGCCAGCCGGACAGGGACACACACAGCAACGCCGAGCAGGCAGGAAAGAAGAGGAGACGAUGCCGCAGCCCGGCACUUAUAGGAGGAGCGGGGAGGCGGCGCCACGCGUCACAAGCAUGGGGGAGAGGGCGGCGCCUGCAGCGGGCCAAGCCGGUAACCCGCCGCCUCCGGCCUCCACUGCCCCGGGCACAGCGCUCUAGGCGGGCCUGGGGCGCAUGCGUCGGUAGGGAGCGAGAGCGCGGCGGCGAGCCGACCCCUGCACUUUGCACCUCAGCUGCCGGCUGGGCUUCCCUUUGUCCGGUGUUUGCCCACUCCAACCCCCAACCAUCCAGGGGGCCAAGGAGAAGGAAACAACUGAGCACUGCAUCUGCCCACAGCAGCCCCAUAAAGGGACCAAGGAAACAACUUACUGUGGUAUCUUCCCAACCUCCAACACACUUCAGAAAAGGCACUGAAAAUGGAAGAAGCAGCAUAUUACUAGAGCAUCCUAUUCACCUCUGCUUCGCAACAGGAGCAGGGGGGAAAGGAAGCAUGAAGUCUGAUUGUCACUCACAAAGAGUAGGGUGGUACCUGUAUGUUAAGAAAAUAAAGGACUGCUCCAUGAAAAAUGUCAGGCAAAAAGUUAUUGUUAAAGGACACCAGGCCACAAUAUUGUUAUUCAUGGAACAAAAGUUUACACAGUACAAAAUAAUUUAUGUCAAAGGGUCUGAUAGUUGGCAUAAUGAUUCUAUAAUUAUUGCUUGAAAACACAUUUUAUCUGAUUCAAUGUUUUGUGGUAGUUCUUUAUUGGAAAUGGGUUAUGGGCUAUUAGGCAUCAAAUAAAAGGCAU